GGCCGCAGGUUUCAGCUGGGCCGAGGGACAACUGCGGUCUUUGUUCUCACUUUCACCUGUCCCCUUGCCUACACAACGCGACACAAGAAUGAAUUUGCUACCUCCUUAGUGGCCUCCUGAGCCGCUUUUAUGAUAGAAGUGGCGGUCAGUGACUAUCUCUAGGCUGCUGAACGGAAUGCCAACAAAUCUCAUCCGCGGGUUGCUCAGUUGCACUCUGCCUUCUGGGUCCUACAGACGAUUUACCUACCGAAAGAGACCAUUCAUUUUUUACGCUCGCAUCAACUCCAUGUCUGCAUAGGACGAUUGCGCCCGACCUCACCUGCCGACACAACGAUAUACCUGCCCAGACCUGGCCAUGUGGAACAUAAAGAGACCCUCCGGCAGGGUUGCUCAUAUUAUUGGGGAAGUCUGGAAACAUGCCGAAGCUGCUUUUGGCCAUCCUUCUUACCCCAACGGCCAUCCUCCAGCAAGUGGGACCGUGGUUGGGAUCCGAUCUUGGUCAAUAUCGAUCUUGCUAAAAUCCGAAAGAGUUCCUCAGGUCAUGUCAACGACGCUGAGUGCUGCUUCAAUACAAUCCUCAAAAGCACCAGCGGCGGGAUGUCUUCCCCGUAUCUGAGCCAGGCACCGCCGUCACCGCCAGAGAGCCCCUCCGAAGCGACGGUCGAAGUGUACGCUCUCUCCGCUGGUCACUUCUCGCUCCCGGAACGUUUCUUUGUACAUCCAGCCUCGCAGACCGCCCGAAGAACCGUUCCUUCUUUGUCUUUUUUGAUAGUCCAUCGGGAUCAAGAGUCAGGUCAAACAACACGGAUAGUGUUCGACCUAGGUCUUCGCCGAGAUCUCAAUAGAUACUCACCGCCGAUUCAGAAACAUGUCGAGACGAGACAGCCCAUGACAACUCUGCCCGAUGUGACUGCCAGUCUCGCUGCAGGCGGAUUGACACCCGACGACAUUCAUUAUGUCAUCUUCUCGCAUGUCCAUUGGGAUCAUGUGGGGGAACCUCGAGACUUUCCUAGAAGUACAUUUGUGAUCGGGAGUGGUGCGAAUGCGUUGCUACAAGGCCACGGGUCAUUACGAGGGAGUCAUUCGUUCUUCGAAUCUGAUUUACUACCGGCCGCAAGAAUGAUCGAGCUGUCCAACCCUUACGAAGACAUAGAGGAAGAAGCCAAGAAACAGCCCCUAGAUUCCCACGGCCCAGAUUUCAUUCAAGAAUGGAAAGCUCAUGGAAAUCUACCUCGAGUCCUCGACAUCUUCCAUGAUGGCAGCCUCCUUAUCGUUGACGCUCCAGGUCAUCUUCCCGGCCACAUUAACCUACUGGCACGGACUAGUCCUACAAAGAGUGUCUACUUGGCUGGAGAUGCGUGCCACGACAGGCGGAUCAUGAGGAAUGAGAGACAGAUUGGGGAGUGGCUUGACGAGCACGGCCAUAUCUGUUGUAUUCAUGCGGACAAGAAGUUGGCGGAGCAAACCAUUGAACGAAUCCAACAGCUGGAAUUGACAGGAGUCGAGGUUAUUUUUGCGCAUGAUUUUGAGUGGGAAGAGGAUCCAGCAAACCAAUCGAGGUUCUUUGGGAGCUCUUGAGUUUUGGGACAAUGUUCGAGCAUGGUGAGCAGCCAUGCCAGGCCUUUCCAGUGCGUCGAUAUCCAACAUCAACAACCCUAGCACUGGGCGCAACCCCACGAAGCUUCCAAUCAUUCUGGUUGUUUCUGUUGCCCAUUGUCCUCGAACUUUAGAGAGCCUCCAUUGGUCCUCAACAUGGUUGCCCGAGGCAUUGAUAGUGGGGCAGGGUAGAGCAGCACCUAGGUAUGUACAUACUCAGACGGCGAGAACUGCUGGUCGGGUAGUUGAAAGUGG